AUUUACAGUUCGCGCUCCAAGAGCAGCGAGCUUGGAGCGAGCAUCCAUGGAGGAAGUCGACGAGAAAAGAAGUAUCAGAGUUCUGCCCCCCAGGCUUGUUCUCCAGAAAAAGGAGCCGGCUCUUCAGUGGCUCAUCGGAUCGCCCUUUCUAUCGCCUUUGACUAUCGUCUCCACUCUCAGAUGCAUCCACUAUUUGUCUCCACCCGAAUCUGUUUCGCCUGAUUUCCACAAGGAAGCAGAAGAGCUCCGUACGUUGUUAUUGAAGGGUUUUUAUAUAAUUGGAGCAUGGGUUGUUGGAAAUUUCAACGUCGAAGAACAUGCGAGCAAGGCGAUUGAUGCAGCGCGGAGAUUGAGUCAGCUUCUAUCUCAUGGUGAGAAAGCAGAGACCCAAUUGAUGAUUGGAGCUGUUGCUGAUAUCAAUUCCACAGAUAUUCACUUUUUUGUCUCCGAGUCUGAAAAUUGCAAGAGCAUCGAUUCUGUUCCCUCUGUUAUAUAUGAAAAUAACCCUGAAAAAUAUAUUUGGGAGAGAGGUUGUCUGCUCCGGUGCGAACUACCGAUUAACGUACCGCUCUAUAUUCCUUUCGACAGUCCAUCAGAUGUUGAGAAGACGUACAUCCAUGCCACAGAAUUAGUUGUUUCCAAGUUGAGGGACCCACAUGUUGUAUAUGUUGUGGAACCAUCAUGUAAAAACUCCAAUGAAGAUCCUUGUCCGGUCAUUCUACGUGGUUCACAGAUGGAUUUCCAAAUUAAUGUCUCAAAAUUUAAGCAUCUGAGUGAAGGCACCCGAAAUGCCGAAGGAACGUCUGUGCCAUGUGCAAACUUCUGUUCCAAAAGUAAAACUGAGUCCACAGUGUUUUCUUCAGAGAAUGCAGAUAUAGUCCAAGUAAGUGUUCUACUAAAUAGCUCGGAAAAGUCUCAAAAAUCUAAUGCACCAGUUGUAGAGUACUUUCCAGCUAUGGGCAAGCCCAGGCUUUUGGUGGUUGAUUUUAAGGUAGAAGUUCUCUGUUAUGCUGCCAAGUUUCUUCCGUUAACUUGUGCUGUUUCGACAUUGGUCAUUCCGGGUUUAGUUGAUCAGUUGAACUCAAUGAAGAAUGCAAUCUUACCCAACCUUUUAAAGCAACUGCCUCAGCUAGUACCAUAUCAUUUUUGCCCUCCUGGAUUUUUGCAUCCAAUAACUGUUAUCUAUGAACUCACUUACGGGGAGACUGAAAUGAAGCAAGUUGAAAUAAGGAAAGCCCUACACUUAAGGUUAGGGCUACCUUUUGAUCGUCCUGUGCUAAGAAGUGCUAGUGCCUUGGAUUUCUCUGGUAGGAAAGACAGUUCUACACGAAAGGGUUCCUAUUUGCUCAAAGAUGUUCAUAUUGGAAUUCCAAGCAGCGGUGUUUCAGGUGGCCAAAUGUCUCUGGUUCAAGGGUCAUAUGAGUACUAUCAUUAUCUUCAAGAAGGUUUCAAUGACUCGGGCUGGGGUUGUGCUUACCGGUCUUUGCAAACCAUCAUUUCAUGGUUCAGACUCCAACAUUAUACUUCCAUACAUGUCCCUUCUCAUAGGGAAAUACAAGAAGCACUAGUGGAAAUUGGAGACAAGGACGAUUCAUUCAUCGGGUCACGUGAAUGGAUUGGUGCCAUCGAAUUGAGCUUUGUUCUUGACAAAUUGCUCGGUGUGAGCUGCAAAAUCAUAAAUGUCAGAUCCGGGGCCGAACUUCCCGAAAAAUGUAGAGAAUUGGCUGCACACUUCGAGAAUCAAGGAACUCCGAUUAUGAUUGGAGGUGGUGUUCUUGCAUAUACGCUGUUGGGAGUUGAUUACAAUGAAGCCAGCGGAGAUUGUGCGUUUUUAAUACUGGAUCCUCAUUACACAGGAAGCGAUGACAUCAAGAAAAUUGUUGGUGGUGGGUGGUGUGGAUGGAAAAAGGCUGUUGAUAGCAAAGGGAAGAAUUUCUUCUUACAUGAUAAGUUCUAUAAUCUUCUGCUGCCACAGAGGCCAAACAUGGUUUAAUUCAUGUGAGAUGUUUAUUUAGAAGCGUCAUAGGACACAGGAGCACAAUCAAUUUCAUUUCUUGAAUUCAUAAUAUAUGUUCUAGUUCUUUUUUUUUUAAUAUAUAUAUAUAUGUUCUA